CGACGUACGUACACGCGUAUCCUCUAUAUAAACCCAAGCUAGCCCAAGAUCGAGCACCACACGUCGCCACACGCAAGCCACACGAGCGCUUACGCAAGAAACAAGUCGCCAAGCAAGAGUGACAGUAGUAGCUAUAGCUAGCUCGCCGCCGGCCGAUCAUCUAGCUUAGUCAACAGCCAUGGCUUUCGGAGGAGCUCGCCGUAGCUGUGCGCUGCUACUGAUGGUGGUGGCGGUGGCCGUGGUCGGGCAGCUGGCGGGCGCGGACUUCGCGGCGGACCGUGCGGAGUGCGCGGACAAGCUGAUGGGCAUCGCGACGUGCCUGACGUACGUGCAGGCGACGGCGACGGCGCGGGCGCCGACCCCGGACUGCUGCUCCGGGUUCAAGCAGGUGCUGGGGUCCAGCAAGAAGUGCCUGUGCGUGCUGGUGAAGGACCGCGACGAGCCGGCGCUGGGGCUGAAGGUGAACAUCACCCGCGCCAUGAACCUCCCCUCCGCCUGCGCCAUCGCCGCCACCUUCUCCGACUGCCCCAAGAUCCUCAACAUGGCGCCCGACUCCAAGGAGGCCGAGAUCUUCAAGCAGUACGGCAUCGAGCACGAGGGCAAGAACGCCACCGGCGCCACCACCCCCGCCGCCUCCGGCGCCGCCACCGGUACCACCGGCGGCAAGAGCGCGGACGCCAAGUCCGGUGCAGGGAGGCAGCGCCGCGCCAACACGGUGGUCUUCGCCGUCGGCUCAGUGCUGCUCGCCUCAGUUUUCGUUCUGGGCUCAUAAGGAUAGAAG